AUGCCGUUGGCCUUCUCGGCCACCUGGUCGCACUGCUGGGUCAUGUUCAGCCAAUUGUCCAUCAACACGCCCAGAUGCUGCCUUUUCCUCAAGAAAUUGUCCUUCCUGGAGAUUGGCUAAACUACAACCACGAUCCCCAAGAUGCUGGUGAACUUCCUCACCAAAAGCAAGGGCAUAUCCUUCCUGGGCUGUGCCAGACAGAUGUACAUCUUCUCCCUCUUAGGGAUCACAGAAUGCUGCCUGCUGGCUGCCAUGGCCUAUGACCGCUAUGAGGCCAUAUGCCAUCCCCUGCACUACACAACCAUGAUGAGUUGGAACACGUGCUUCCUGCUUUCAGCUGCGUCUUGGCUGGUUGGGGUCUUGGUGGCCUUAGGGCAGACGGUUUUCAUCUUUACCCUUCCGUAUUGCGGACUCAGCAAGAGUCAGCACUUCCUCUGUGAUCUGCUGCCCCUGCUGAAGUUGGCUUGUGUGGACACCUACAAGAAUGAAAUCACCACCUACAUAACAGCUGUUGUCUUCAUCCUGGUCCCCUUCUUAGUUAUAGUCGUAUCGUAUAUCCAGAUUCUCCACCCCAUGCCAUCAGCUGAGGACAAGAGAAAAACUUUCUCUACCUGCUCAUCUCAUCUGGUUGUGGUGACUCUGUUUUACGGAUCUGGCAUCGUGACCUACUUGAGACCCAAAGCUUUUUAUUCAAGCAGCAGCAGCAAACUGCUUUCUCUCUCUUACACACUGAUGUCUCCAAUGAUGAACCCCUUGAUCUACAGUUUGAGGAAUAAAGAGAUGAAACAAGCCUUGCAAAGACUGAUCACCAGAAGUAUAAAUAUGCGACAAUGUUUAUGA